UCCAUUCCUUUCCACCGCCUCUGCCCAAAGUCCAAUUUCCCUUCAUGUGGCGGUUUCCGUUCUUCUUAAAACACUCUCUCUGUUCAUUCUCCUCUUACAUACUAAUUCACUAACCUCCUUCGUUUCCUCUUGUGUCUCUGUUUUAUUCUCCUUUUCUUUCACGCCAAGUUUUCUGUUUUUGUAAACAUGAAACACUUACGCCAAUUAUUGCUCUCCCACGUCUUUUAAUUUUUCUUAAUUCUUUGCAAAUAAAUUCUCUCUCCCUACCAACUUUUUUUUAUCCUUUCUUUUGUCUCCGCAUUAUGGAGCGGCCAAUUUAUAAUUCGUUGGAGAAACCGCCACAUGAUUCCGCCCCCGCCGCCGACCAGGAAUCUGAGGUUUCCGAUUGCGAGAGCGUUCUUUCCACCGGAGAGACGGGAUUUUACGAAGGCGGCGACCUCAUCAGGAGCAGAUUCGUUCGGGGGUUGGGCUCGCACGGCUUGAAACCCGAGGUGGUGGCGAUUCGUAGGAAUGCUAGUUCCACCGUGAUGGCGCAGGCGCGUGUUCAGUCGUUCCAGAUUUUCGCGAGUGCGGUGGCCAAAUUGCGCAAUGGCAAUGCGAACGUGAAGUACGCUUGGUACGGUGCGUCCGGUAAGGAAGAGAUAGCCGACAUCAUCCAACACGGUUUUGGCCCCUCAAAAAGUCAUGGCUUGCGUCUCUCUCCAGAAGAUUCUCCACUUGAAAGUGUGAAGAGCUCUGUUGUCGACAAAGAUGGUUUGAGGCACUUGUUGCUGUGUCGUGUUAUCUUGGGGAGGACGGAGGUUGUGCCACGUGGCUCAGAACAAUGUCAUUCGAGUUCUGAUGAGUAUGAUUCUGGAGUGGAUGAUAUUUCGGAUCCCAAGGAGUACAUUGUUUGGUGCAAUCGGAUCAACACUCAUGUUUUGCCAGAAUAUGUUUUGAGUUUCAGGCUUUCUUCCUUGAAAGGGCAUGUGAAGACUGGGGAACCUUUCAGACCUUCUUCCCCUUGGAUGCCAUUCCCCACUCUCAUUUCAGUGCUUUCCAAGAUUUUGCCGCCGCCUGAUAUUGCCUUCAUUGCCAAGUUUCACAGAGAUUAUAGGGAAAAGAAUAUUUCCCGACAUGAACUCAUACAAAAAGUGAGACUAAUAGCAGGAGACAAAUUACUGGUUUCGGUCAUCAAAUCUUUCAGAGCCAAGAAAAUGCCUGCAAGCUUUAAGCAAACAAGGUGAAAGAAUGGCAACCAGACAGCCAGCAGCGUGAAUGAACGGAAUGAUUGUCCAUACGAGUUCAAUUAGCUAUUACAGGAAGUGAAUAGAAUACUGGAGGAAACAUAAUGCUCAUACUAACCAAAACUUACAUUGAGGAUGCAACCACUACAUGAUAAGUAGGGCGAUAUUUGAGACUUUAAAAUUUUCUUAGGGUUAUAUACUUUUUCUUUUAUGUUGAUUAAAGUGUAACAGAAGAAAACACUUUCUCUUUGUUGUUAGUUACAAUUACUGGUAGAAAUAAAUAACUUCAGACCUUUAUCAU